CGCACCACCACAAACAGCCAUAUUACACCAGCAAUAUACGUCAUCUAUUUAAGCAAAUCUCUACUCACUCGUAAAGUACGUAAGUUAUUGAGUUAUAGCAGAGGAUGGUCAUGGAAACUCCAUCACCGCAAUGCGUUGGCCUUGAAUUUGUGCGCCAGUACUACACGGUGCUCAACAAGGCCCCCAUGCACCUUCAUCGGUUUUUCAGUAAUAAUUCGUCAUUCCUGCAUGGGGGCCACAAUUCCAUGAGCGAACCGAUUAUCGGCCAAGCAGAUAUUCAUAAAAUGAUCAUGAGCCUCAACUUCCGUGACUGUCAUGCCAAGAUCCGAAUGGUUGACGCUCAAGCCACACUCGGUGAUGGAGUAGUUAUUCAGGUAACUGGAGAGUUAUCAAACAAUGGAAAUCCCAUGCGACGAUUCAUGCAGACCUUUGUACUGGCUCCACAAACCCCCAAGAAGUACUAUGUACAUAAUGACAUCUUUCGCUACCAAGAUGAGGUGUUCAGUGAUGAGGAGGGUGGGGAUGAGGCUGGCAGUGAGAUCGAAGAAGAUUUGGAUGCUCCAAUGCCACCUCAAAAUUUCACAGCUCCUUCUGCCACGGUCAACGGAUCAGCUCAUCCUCCUGAGCCAGAGCCAACGCCUCCUGCUGCUCCCCAGACUCCAGUUGCCCCACAAGUCCCUACACCUGUACCAAGCGAGUGGGGAAGCCAGACAUCACAGCCUGUGAGGGAGGUUGCUCCAGUGCCAACUACAGGAAAUUCUGCAACUACUGUAACCCCUACACCAAUUGUUGCUCCACCAUUAUCCCCAACACCACCAGCACCGGUAACAACAGAACCUGUACCAGAAGAUCCACCUACCCCGGAAAAAGAAGAUCAGGGUUGGGGUUCUCCUGGUCCUGACGGUUGGGGUGCAACUACAGAGCCCCAAGGUUCAUCCUGGGAUGAGCCAGCUGUUCCACAAAAGGAAACCCCAGACCCAGACCCUCCUCAACCUGAUCCAGUUCAACAACCUGCCUCAAGUGAACCUAAGACCUUUGCAAAUUUGUUUAAAAGCUCUCAAGGGUUUGCUCCUGCCCCACCACCAGCAUCCACAGCAUCACAGCAGCCUUCUACACAAACAACACCACCUGUGCCACAACAGAAUCCACAGCUGAACCGAGUUGAAGUAAACAAUCGUGCUACAUCAGCGGCUGGUGCAAAUACUACUCAAAAUCAGCCUCAGUCAGGAGGUGGAUAUAAUCAACGGACACCUAGGAGCACACAAGGACGAGGACCGCCAAGAGACCGCCCGUACAGGCCCAACAGUGAAGAUAAUUCAGAAUUGGAGAGUGUGGGUGGUGAAGAGAGACGGCGAGCUCCUCCAGUGCCUGACAGUCAACAGAUUUUUGUAGGAAACCUUCCACACACAGCAGGGGAAGAUGAACUGAAGGCUGAGUUCUCUAGAUUCGGCAAGAUAGUUGACGUUCGCAUAAAUACGGCAAAGGGCAAGACUGGUCCAAAGGGACAGGUUCCUAAUUUUGGGUUUAUCACAUUUGAGGAGGAAAGUUCUGUUACCAGGGCUCUUCACAGUAGGGUAAGUAGGCAUUUAGUAUUUUGUAAAUUUGGUUGUUAAUAUCUAUAAUUUAUUACCUCUGCAAAAUUUUCCCGUUAUUAGGCUUAUAUAAUAAUAACAAUGAUUUAUGAAAUCCUUCAUUAAUAUCGAAUCACAGUUUUAACUCAUUUUUAUUGUAAUUUCAAUGACUACAUUUAUAAAGGAAAAUGAUCAUAAGAACUGAAUUUCAUGGGUUGCAGUGGAGGUUUGGUAAGCUUACAUAUUCCAUGUCAUUUUAUUGGUGGAAGAGUUGAUGAAAUUUUUUGUUAUAAUGAGGUAACAUCACAAUUUUUUGGUAAAACUAAUAUUGAAUGUUACACAAGAGCUGUGUUUUGAUUCACAUUUUAGUUUGUUUUGUGUAUAUUGGUACAGGAAUAACAAAUUUGUGAAUAUCAAGACAAUUUUCCCCCAAAGAAUCAUUGUAAUUAGGAGGGGAUGUGUUCCCAGCAGGUAAGUUUCACCGCAUAUUUUUUUAUAUGCACUCCUCAUUUGAGGCUAUUAGGGACCAGGGUCGCAUGGACAGUAUACUGUAGUACAGGUUCCCUUGAGAUAUGAACGUUCGUGAUAGGAAAAUUCACUUAUACGAAUUUCCUAAAUUUAACCGCUAUUUUGAGAUACGAAAGCUUCCCCCACUUAUGUGAAUUUGGGUCUGGACAAAAAUUCAAAUCGCACGCCCCCGAGAGUUGGCUGGAGUCGCCACAUAUCCUUGCACUCUCCCUACCAGGCUGAGGUAGGAGUUAUGUCAUAUUUAUUUCUCAACUCGUAAUUUUUGGGUACAUAAACAUACCUGGUAACUUUCUAAAUAUUUUUUAAUUUGGUUAUGCGCACACACAAUUCUGCAUACAGAAUGUGUAAUAAUAAUAAUAAUAAUACAAAAAACAUAAAGGGAAUAAACAUUUCUUAUGUGCAUGAUAAACAUACAUUUUUAUUUGUUUAUUUUUUACAUUCACACUCGGUCUUUCAUACAGAAAAUGCAAAAAAAAAUCAAAUAAAUAUAUAUACUGUAGUAAGAUAAAAAACAUAAGAGAAUAAAAAUUUCUUACGUCCAGGCAAUUGUGGGAAGGGGGGGUGGGUCAGUGUUGGUAUCUCAGCCUCCUGCCAAGCUGUGAGCUGCAUUAUUGUUAUUUUUCAACUCAUAUUUUCAGGUAGAUAUAGUUUUUCUUUUAACUCUGUUACAUGCACACAAUCUUCAUACAGAUUGUGCUUAAAAUAAAAAAUAAUUAUCGUAAAGUCCAAAACAUUAAGGAAUUAAAUAUUUGUUGUGUAUGAAUGUUAGCUAAGAGAGUGAAGAAGGGGGCAGUGGGGUGUCCGUCACAGCUCCGCUGUCUCAUGUGUAGUUGACAAGAUUGCUAAAAUGCUAAGCAGAAUUUUUGUCUUUUCUUUGUUAUUUUUAUUUACCGGUAUUCCUCACAUUUACUGGUACAUUAUAUAUUAUUUUAUGUACUAGAUUAAGUUCUUUCACGCAUAAACCAUCCUCUGGGUGAUGUGACAUGUUCAACUGCUUAGCCUGUCAAUCACCUGGGACGGGCAAAACCUCCUAUGCAUCCCACGUGGGUUGCAUAUGUUACUCCUUCCCAUAACAUAAUGUACCAGAGCAAAACAAUACUUUAUUAACUUUUGUCAUAUGUUUGGUAGUAAAUUAGAGUAGUAAUAUCUUCUUUAGCUGGACUCACUGUUAGCAGGAACCCUCUAAUACCCAGAAUCGAAAUUGGCUUUGAAUUUUUACGGAAAAAUUCUCUCUGUUCCGGGUCUGAAUGAGUUUCAAGGUUGAAAAUCAGCUGCCUUUUUUUUAUUCCGAGAAAAUCUCUGCAAGUGUGUCUGUUCUGGGCCUGGUAAUAAAUUUUCUUGGAGUUCUGGGAUUGCAUCAUAUUCCAACAUGUCCCCACGUGCCAGAAUGAGUGGACAGUGUCUGCCUACUCUAGGUUCAAGACCACAGCAUCUGCUGGUGAGUACAGUAUAUGCAGUAAAGUACAGCAGUAGUAUAUUUUGCAUUAUAUUUUUGGGUUACAUUAUUUACAUUAUAUUGUACGUAUACUUUGGUGCAUAAAUAAAUACAGCUCCGUGUAAGAUGCGUUGAAAAUUUUCCCAGUGAAGAGUGGAAGAUUCUGCUGUCGUCGCUAUAACCCAUAGGUUCCUUUUUUAACCAGACUUUAAAUUAUUGUAUGCGGGAUUAUUUGGGGUAAGAAAUGGAGUGCGGUUGUCUAACCCAACCAGAACUGAUUUUCUCGACUCCGGUAUCAAUAUGCCAUCUCCACGGAUAUUAUACCUCGCUAAUCCUCAUUUUGCGAUUAUUUCAUUUAACAUUAGGUUUUCAGGAAUGGAUCCCAUCAUUAACCGAGGGAUACCUGUAUAAAGAUUUAAUAGAAGUAACAUUUUCAGUUUAAGAUAUUAUUCUGUUUUGUGAAUGAUUGUGUGUUUGUUUAAUAAGGGGUAAUUGGGCAUAUGAAAAUGAAUGAAUGAAAGAUGGAAACAUGAACAGCAAUUUUAUUUUAUUUUUUUAUUGCCCAAUUUAAAGGUAGGUGAGUAGUCUGAUUACCUCAAGGAGUUACAACCUUGCUUUACUUUGGUCCCACCCUGCAGGUUGGUGUUGGGAAGGGCAUCAAGCAUUCCUGAUGGCAAACAGGUCACUAGAACCGUGUCCAUCCUCUGGUCUCUUGCAUUUUCUGGGCUAUUGUCCUGGGUUUGUGGUGGUGAGCAGGGGAGAGGACAUCCCAUUCUAGUUUUACCCAAUAGCUGCCAUUAAGUAAUCAAGGCUGACCAAAACUAGCAUGGAAAGCGCCUGCGGAACCAUAUUAUGGAGCCCGCAAGGGUUCAUUAGAAAAUGUUUGAUUAUUUGGGAUUCUUUGUAAAUGUGGAAUUAAUGAAAAUAUGUAAUAACUUGAUACAACUGUCAUGUACAGGACGUGUAUUACCCCAGAGAGAGGGCCAGCCUUCUCACGGGGGUAAAUACACACGUCCUGUCCAACCAAGAGUAAAUGUAAAAAGUAUGUAGCUGGUAAGAGUUAGACUUGUAAAACUGUACAGUAUAUGAGAUAUUUUUUCUUGAAUGCAGAUCCAAUGUUUUUGGGCCUCCACAAUAUUUACAAUGAUAAAUGUGGGCCAGAGCCUACAAAAGGUUGGGGACCACUGUCAUAUGACAAUGAGUGUACACUAUUACACAGUGGUGCUUUUUAAUUUUUAAAAGCGGCAAGGAUAUGAUACUCUCUGAAUGUAUGUAUUUCACCCUGAGAUGUUAAAAAAAAAAUUUAUGCCUGUGAAUGAAGUUUUGCCUAAUAACUGAAAAGGAUGCAGAUGAAAACACAAAACAAAAAAUAAAUAACAAAAAAUUAACUUCCAAUAGAUACUGAUGAUGGUCUUAAAUUUUAAUAAAGUUUAAUUCCAGUAUAUAAAUAUGACUGUUACAGUGGUCAACUUAUUAGGAUAGAAUAGUAAGUUACUUGAAGGUCUGCGCUACAACUUCAGAAAGGUACGUACUGUAAUGUUGCUGUAAGUAAAUAAGUUAAUAGGUAUUUAUAAGACAGGAACAAAUGCAAUGUAGACAAAAAUAUAUGUGAAGAGACUAUUGCAGUACAGUGUAUAUAAAAUUAGCUUAUAUUAAUUGGCACAAGCAGGAAAAAACUAGAUUAGAAAUUCCUCGUAUUUUAAUCGAAAUCCUUUGAUAAUAUUAUGUGAUAGCAAUAUAAAUUUGCAACAAGUUUUAUUAUUUAUAUAUAUAAAUGUAUCUAUUUUGUUU